UUUUCACCGCGUGCAGUCAGUACGCUCCUUGUCGUCGGGUAUCGCUGUCAGAUAUGAUAUUCCGCGUUUUCAAUAACUGACAGCUGUCAAAAUCCUGUCGAACAGUAACGAGAGCUGUUUAUUUAUUUGUUCAAGUACCGAGAUUAAUGAAAAGAAGCAUAAUAAUAUUUAUGUGAAAUUUAUAAUAAUAUAUUUUACAGUGAUUGUGCAGCAGAUGUGUGUGUGCGUGUGUGUGUGUGUUAAAAAAGAUACUUCUCUAAACGGAAAAUUUAUUGGAGAAUCUUUUUUUCUUUACAUACGGACACAAUAUCUGUAAUUCGUCGAUAAUUUAAUCACACAAAAAUUGAAAAUUAUAUAAAUCACAUGGUGUAGGAAAAAUACUACGAAAAAAUUCUAGUGCCAUUACACAGAAGUAUGUUUCCAAAGUGUGGCGUUCAGUGAUCAAAUAUAUAAUCGAAAUUGCAAUGGAGUUCAUCGGUUCAACCGUUCCUGCGUUAUUGCAAUGAACAUUGGAUGACUAAAUAUCAACGGUCAAGUCAAAAGCGAUGCAGCGUUCACCGUGGUUUUAAUCAUUAGUGAAAACUCAACACCAAGUCAGAAUCAGCGUAGAAAUAGAAAGGAGAAGAAAUAUGCGGAACGGUACGCAGCCUCAGCAAACGGCCGUAAUGGCACCGCCACAUCUGAACGGAUCUGCACAGUUUAUAACCGGUGGCUACGUCGGCUACCAUCCGAGGCAGGCCUGGGGCGGACCGUAUCACCCAGCGCAGAAUAGAAACGGGGUAAGACCCGUUUCUCAUCCCCCGCCGCCACCCGCCAGGAGGGAAAACACCCUGGGGAUUCCCCAUGCGGGAAAUCAUAAGAAUCUGAACGGACGAUCGCCGGCAGCAACGAACUCGAGAAAUCGCGUCAACAGGAAUAGUGGCCCCUCGAAGGUGGAUCCGGAGCUGAUAUUCACGAAACAGGAACGAAUCGGCAAAGGAAGUUUCGGCGAGGUGUUUAAGGGCAUCGACAAUAGAACACAGCAAGUGGUAGCGAUCAAGAUAAUUGAUCUCGAGGAAGCGGAAGAUGAAAUCGAGGACAUACAGCAGGAGAUCAUGGUAUUGUCGCAAUGCGACAGUCCAUUCGUCACGAAAUACUUCGGCUCGUACCUCAAGGGCACGAAGCUAUGGAUCAUCAUGGAGUAUCUGGGCGGGGGGUCAGCCCUGGACUUGAUGAAGGCGGGCAGCUUCGAGGAAAUGCAUAUCGCUGUUAUACUCCGCGAAGUCCUAAGAGGUCUCGACUACCUUCACAGCGAACGAAAGCUUCAUCGCGAUAUCAAAGCCGCCAACGUUCUGCUCAGCGAAAUGGGAGACGUCAAAUUGGCAGACUUUGGGGUUGCUGGACAACUGACAAACACUACCAGCAAGAGAAAUACCUUCGUUGGUACGCCUUUUUGGAUGGCCCCCGAGGUCAUCAAGCAAUCCGCCUAUGACUCUAAGGCUGACAUCUGGUCGCUGGGGAUAACCGCCAUAGAAUUGGCCAAAGGUGAGCCGCCAAACAGCGAGCUGCAUCCUAUGAGGGUACUUUUCCUCAUACCCAAGAACAACCCACCGCAACUGACCGGGAACUACACGAAACAGUUCAAAGAAUUUGUCGAGGCGUGCCUUAACAAGGAUCCCGAAAAUAGACCGACGGCAAAGGAGCUGCUCAAGUUUCAAUUCAUCAAAAAGGCAAAGAAGAAUUCCUACUUGAUCGAUUUGAUCGAUAGGUAUAAGAAGUGGAAGUCGCAACGGAGCGAAGAAUCCGAGACCGAAAGCGAGAACUCUGAUUCUGAGGAGUCGAAACAAGACAGCGACAUGGACGAGCCUUGGAUAAUGACUGUGAAAGGGCCGCAUGGCGUGAAGGGAUCUGUCGUGCCCAAACUGCCGCCAGACGAUUCGUUGACUUCUUUGACGCUGACACACACCUCCAAUCACAGGUCGUCCAACCAUAAUCAAUCGCCAAAACCUCACGCAAACGGCGCAUCCAGAUCUCCGCCGAAGGAUUCGAAUUUGAAUCACUACAAAAGUGACUCGAGGGAUUCGUCCCGCGAAUCACAGUCUAAACCUAUUCUGUCCCGUCCACAUGAGGCAGCGCCUCCACCUCCGGUGGACAACCGAAAAGAUACGAGUCGAGACUCGAUAAAAGACGGCCGAGAAUCGAGGGAAUCGAGCAGAGAAUCGACUCUGAGGGAUUCAAGGGAUAUCAGAGAGUCUCGUGAUUCUAGAGAACGAGACAGAGAAAGCAGGGAAAGGGAACGAGACAGGGAAAUCGCUCGUGAUAAGCGAAGUAGUAAACCAGAAGUUCCGAUCGUAUCACUAGUCGAUCAUAGAGGUGGAGAUGAGAAACAAAGACCGAAAUCAACCCAGGAACUAAAACACCCUCGAAGCGCUACUCUUUUUGGCGUCAUACUGCCUCUUCUUUCUGAGCUGCAACGCAAACACCAAUACAUGUCGCGAGACAAUAACAGUAGCGGCGGCGGCGGCAGCAGCGGAGGGAGGAACGGAGGUGCUCUGGAAGAACUGAGAGGAGCUUUUGAAUUAGCAGAGCGAACAUCGCCCGGGGUUAGCGAGGCUCUUGUUAGAGAGCUCCUCAAAGCACUGUUACCCGCCAAUUAUACCGAUGCCAGGCUUUCCAUGCUCAUGGAAAAAGUAACUCUGAGAGAUACGUAGGGAUGCGAGAGAAAAAGGAUUGUGAUCCAGAAAAAAAUUAAAUCUUAACAUUGUAACUAAUUAUUUUUAAUUAUUAAUUGUAAUAGUUAUUGAUUUCUACCAUUAUAUAUAUAUAUACAUAUAUAAAAGAUACGUAUAUAUACAUAUAUGUGUAUAUAUAUAUGAUCCAUAAAUUGUUAAUAGUUUUUACCCGAUACAGAUGGAAAAAAUAUUUAUGUCCCCCAGCUAUUGUCAUUAAUUAUUACGAUUUAUUCACUGGUAGAGAUAAUAAUUAGUAUACAGUCUAAGUUGUUCGUAAUUGGCAUUACAACAAAAAAUAAAAAUAAUAAUAGUAUUGAUUGUAACAAUAAUAACAAUUCAAGCGUUAAAGUAGGCAAAAAUAUGUAAUUUUGCAAAAAUUCUGUACUUCAAAUCAGAAAAAAAAGUUUAAUAACUACAAUUCAGUCGCGUUGAAACUGAUCCAUUCGUAUAAUUACUACAACAGCUUUUUUAAACUAAAGGGAAGGAUUUACUGCAAAAAAAAUGGUCAAUGAAGCUCGGAAGUAUUAAAAAAAAUUAAGAAAAAAAUUGUUAACGCUUUCAAACUGUUUGUAAAUAUAUUAAAAAUUGUUUUUAUGAAAAAGGAGAUAACGGACUCAAUAAUAUAGAAUAACCUGUUAGCAUGCAACCUACCUGAAUCUUAACUAUCAAAUUUUUCCCAUGUUACUUUUGCGUAUCCGUACUAUAAGCAGAGCCUACAAAAAAAAAAAAAAAAAAAAAAAAAAAAAAAUAAGUUAACAACACAAAAUAACAUUUCAUGAUUGUAAACCGUAUCCAUCAAAUGUAUUCCUGGCUUGAAGAUGAUUGGGUCUCUGAAUCCGUGAAUAUUUACCCGAAGUAUCGACCGUGAAACCAUACUUUGGUUGCCAAAUGGUUCCUAAUUGAAUGGUAAACCAGUUCUUCCAAGUGUCUAUUUUUUAGUCAAGAAAACAAAUACUGAAAUAGUCUCUGAACUCUGUUGGCGCAGAUUGCUUGAAAUUUCUUAUCAGAAUUUUGUUUGUAACACAGAGAAGCCUACGCGUUUACAGUAUCAAGAUCUGUUUACAUAAAAGAAGGUUGAUAUUUCUCCGUUACAACAACGUUCUAAACUGCCCACACUUGUACAUUUCAAAUUCAAUGACAUUUCCACUUUGAGUUAAAUAUUUUGACUCUUAAUUUGUCUCUAAUUUGGUGAUACGUCAGUUUUAUGUUUUAACGCAAUAAUCGUUGAGGCAGGUAGUUCGGAAUUAGUACAAACCAAUACUUUGACCAGUUUCAAUUUUCACGCCAUAAAAAUUAUUUAUAUACCAAUGCUCAACUGUUGAUUGCCACCUGCGUUCAACCGGUAUUUAGGAAUUAAAAAAAAAAAAAGAUGAUUCUGUGUUAUGAAUUAGAAAAGAAAUCAUGGAGCGUAUGUGCUUAAAACUGUAAUAUUAUUAUAGCGUUGAGUUACCUCAGAAAAAAUCUGUUGUCACAAAUAAAGUAGGCGAGUAACGCCAGAUCGAAAAUUUUUAAAAUUUGCAUUGAAGAGAAAGAAACAACAUGAUGUGCUCAUUUGCUAGUGCUCAAUUCCGAAAAAACUUUAUCCUGCAGUUUGGUUAUGACAGAACAUGUUUUAAAACAUUCUAAUUAGGUACAGAGAGUUAUCGGAAACCUAUUCUUGCCUCAUGUAAUCAUCCAGUCACAGUGCUAACACAAUGCUGCAUCCCAGAGAAACGACCGUUAAAAUAAUACAAUUCCUGCGAGUUUGUAUUGCUCGCGAAUAAUUUUCUAAUGAUAAUUGAAUAUAAUUUUGUAGUUUCAGCAGUACAGAACUCAAAAUAUUUUUAUUGAAUAAUUGAAAACGAUAAGAAAAGAAAGGUGUUGGUACAUGACUCGGACUAUAAAAUUAAAUAUACUAGCUUAAAAGCUAGAGAAGACCCUGUAAAUAUGUAUGUAGCUCUAUAAGAUAGAAUUAUUCUUCUAAAUAAACCGCGAUGAAGCUGUGGAGUAGACUUCAAUAGCCCCACCAGGACGCCUGACAAUUAAUUCUAGGCGACCUCUGACCUCAAUUAUUAUAGUUUUUGAAAAUUUAUUGCUUGUGAGUCGAUAAAUUCAUACGAUUGCAGUUGUGAUAAUUUAACACCUGUUGGAAUUGUGUUUCUGGUCGAAUUAUGAAUAAAUAAUAACAUUUGCCUUCCAAGGGCGGAUUUAACAAAUGAAAUUGGAAAAAAAGAAAAUCUACUGGUUACCGUUUUAAGAGAUGGACGCCUUUAUAAUCGAUUCAAAUUUAACACUUUGUCAAGAGAACUCAAUUUCAACUUAAAAAUAAGUCGAAGAGGAAUUGAUGUACAUAACUUUAAACUGAGAAAAUAUCCUUCGUUCCAAUUUCGAAAAAUAUUUUUUGAGGAAAAUUCUCGUUACAAAAUUCAUUUUCCCAUUUCUUGUGCGACUUUUGUUUGCUUGAAAUUAUUCUCGUUCAAAGUUACGAAUAGGUAUUGUAUAUACUUUUUUGUAAGUGUAUGUUUCUGGAAAAUACGAGAUUUGUUCGAUAACGGAAUGAAAAAAACAGUCAAUUAACGGAGAUAAGAAAUUGCUCCAUAGAAUAUUCGAAUUUUUUAAACUCAAGUCCAACGGGGCUGAGGAAAUUUUCCACAGACAUCGACGGCAAUUUCGAUUUAUUUGUAAACUAACAUGUGUUUUAUAAUAUAUAAUAUAUUUAGUCGCAGGAUUUGCUAUCGACGCUGGUAAUGUCAAAGUUUUCAUUUAUGAGCAGUAGAUAUUAUUGAGCAGAUGAUGACAGAGAAAAAACGAAAAAAAAAAAAAUAAGAAA